GAAAAUCUCAGACCCCUUUUACAAAACACUUCCUCUUCUAAUUGGAUUCAGCUAGCAACUACUACAAUGGCGUCAAUGUCCAAAUUCGCUUUCAAUGAUUGUAGAAUCCAGAGAUUUGAUGCUCUCUACAGGCGAAACUUCCAUUUCUCUGCUGGAAAGCUUCAAUCCCAUCUGGAUGUUAGGGGGGAGUUGUGUUUAUCCGAUAAUGGGAGAAGAAAUUUAGUGGUGGCUCAGUGUAUGCUGUGUAAGCCGCUUGUUUCUUCUGCUACUCCUUGUGCAAUUGGAGUAACGUCAAGGAAACUCCAAAUUUUGUGCAAAGCUGCUAGUGAUGUAUCUGGAGAUGUCACUGAUGGUUCUUCUAGUGGAAUGAGCGUGUAUGAACGAACUAUUGAAACUUUAACCACACUUUUCCCUGUUUGGGUUAUCCUUGGAACCAUUAUAGGCAUCUAUAAACCCGCUGCAGUAACUUGGUUGGAGACUGACCUUUUUACUGUGGGAUUGGGUUUUCUUAUGCUUUCAAUGGGAUUGACGCUAACGUUUGAGGAUUUCAGGCGUUGUUUAAGAAAUCCAUGGACUGUUGGUGUUGGAUUUCUUGCCCAGUACUUAAUUAAGCCCAUGCUUGGCUUUGUCAUUUCCAUGACUCUCAAACUGUCUGCACCUCUUGCAACUGGUCUUAUUUUGGUCUCAUGCUGCCCUGGGGGACAGGCAUCAAAUGUUGCUACAUAUAUAUCUAAAGGAAAUGUUGCACUUUCUGUUCUCAUGACAACGUGUUCGACUAUUGGUGCCAUCGUCAUGACACCAUUGCUUACCAAGCUUCUUGCUGGACAAUUAGUUCCAGUUGAUGCUGCUGGUCUUGCUAUAAGUACUUUUCAGGUGGUUUUGGUUCCAACUGUAAUUGGAGUUUUAGCUAAUGAAUUCUUCCCCAAAUUUACUUCAAAGAUAAUCACAGUGACGCCUUUGAUUGGAGUUAUCCUCACUACUCUCCUCUGUGCCAGCCCUAUCGGGCAAGUUGCAGAAGUUUUGAAAUCUCAAGGAGCACAGCUGUUGCUCCCAGUAGCCAUCCUACAUGGUGCUGCAUUUGCUCUAGGCUAUUGGCUUUCAAAAUUAUCGUUCGGCGAAUCCACUUCUCGCACGAUUUCGAUUGAAUGUGGGAUGCAGAGCUCUGCACUCGGGUUUUUACUUGCUCAAAAGCAUUUCACAAACCCCCUCGUCGCCGUCCCAUCAGCCGUUAGUGUCGUCUGUAUGGCACUUGGUGGCAGUGCUCUUGCUGUCUUCUGGAGGAACAUGCCGAUUCCUGCUGACGACAAAGACGAUUUCCAAGAAUGAAGUAGUACAAGUUUUAGGAUCUUUGCUAGUUUACAUUGGUUCUAUUCAUUUGUUUGAAAGCCCUAUGGUAAUGUUGAGAUUUUGUCUAUGGUAAUGUUAGAAGUUCAUGCGAAUUUUGGGAAAAUUUUAUUUGAAUUUAGAAAAUGAAAUUUUAGUUGGGCUUAAUUAGAUUAUAAUGGACUAUUUUUUUUCUA